AUGACGCGCUGGCCACUCGUUGCGCUGGUGCUUUGCGCUGCAUUCAUGCUGCCUUACGUCGCACACGCGGACGACCGCCCCAACGGAUGCGAUGUCUGCUCGUGCGGCGGUUCCAAGCCAUACCGCUACGUCAACUCUUGUUGGACCAACCUCACCGCCGUCCCAAUCUUCCCAGACGACAUUCAAACCAUCACAUUCUAUUCUAUGAGCGUCACUUCCAUUCCCGAUUUUGCGUUCAACUUGCCAAACUUGACUCGGCUGGAUUGGACCUCUGGCGUGACAAUCAUUACCAACAACACGUUUGCUGGCCUUCCCAGUCUGACCGCUCUCUUGCUCGGAAACAAUCGACAGAUCACCAGCAUUUCCGUUGGCGCAUUUCAAGCAGUGCCGUUGCUCACCGUUUUAGAACUCUACAAUAAUGACGCCGUCACCAAUUACGUUCCUGCACUCUUCAGUGGCUUGACAAAGCUUACCAACCUGAACGUCGGAAACACGAAAAUGCUUCUGAGCACUCUCCCGCUCGACCAGCUCCCCGAGUUGGUCUCUCUCGACAUUGGCCGCAAUCCAGGAAUUGUCAGCAUCCCUGACUUUGCAUUCGCCUCCAAUCCCCAACUCAGCAGCCUCAUUCUGGGCUCCACGAGCAUCACAAGCAUCUCUGCCAACGCAUUUACUGGAACUCAGAUUGGCAACUUGUGGCUCAACAGUUGUGCAAUCACAAGUAUCGCCGCGAAUGCAUUCAGUGGUCUCAUGCUGUACUCAGUGUACAUCUCCUCCAACCCGCUACUCACGCUGCCUCCAGGGCUCUUUGCCGGACAAACGCGACCACAGUUUUAUGCGAAUCUCGGCUCGUUUCCUUCCGUUCCUCCCAGCACCUAUGGUAGUGCGAGUAACCCAACCCCUUGCAACGCGUCCUGCGCCACCUGCUAUGGCGCCGGUGCAAAUGCGUGUUGCGGGCUGAACUGCCUCAGUUGCUCCUCUACCAACCCGUGCCUGGCCUGCUACGAUGGGUAUGCCAAGUUUGAUGGAUUUUGCGCUCCGACUGCUGAGAUGAACGCCAGCAUCUCGAUUCAAGCUGCAAUCGCGUCUGGUGCGUCUGGUGCUUCAGUGGCAUCGACUGCCUCCGCUUCUAUGGCGUCUGCAGCAUCGAUUGCAUCCGCGUUUGCCGCAACCGCUGCCUCGGCGGCCUCCGUCUCUGGUGCAUCUGUCGCGUCCACCGUCUCCGCUUCGGUUGCCUCCGAAGCAUCUGCCUCGGCGUCUGCUGCCGCUUCCCUUGCCAUGAUGGCUGCUGCAAACGCGAGCAGCGAUCACUCGACUCCAAUUGCCGGAGCUGUCGGUGGCGGUAUUGCUCUGCUCGCCUUGGUUGCUGCCGCCGUGUACAUUGCCCGUCGUCGCACGCCCCAGCCUCCACCGCUGCCUCGCCGCAACCCGGAGAUUUUCGGCAAUUUCGCGGCAGAAGAAUCUAAAAAGCCAGCCAGCUCGACCUCGUCGCCUAUCUCGGAACAUCACGAGUACCAGGCCUUUGCCAACCCCGUGUACGAGCAGAUCGAGACCAUUCCUGCCUCGGAACUGCCCCAGCACACCUCUGCUGUCAAUAUGAACGAUGCGACGUUUGCCGUGACGUACACGGAUGCUGUUGUGCAUGCCAGUUCCUUGUCACCCGUUGGCACUGCGUCCACCGCCACAACGUACGCGAGCAUUACCACGACUGUCAACCCCGAUGGUGUUGCUGAUGGCCGUUGA